AGGAUCCUGCUGGCGAGUCUGGAGGUAGCCGUCACAGAAUCAUGGCUGUUGUAAUAGAAACUACUAUAGGAGAUUUCACCGUUGAUUUGUAUACAGACGAACGACCGCAAACAUGCAGGAAUUUCUUGAAGUUGUGCAAGUUGAAAUACUACAAUUGGAAUCUGUUCCAUUCGGUUCAGGGCAAUUUCAUUGCUCAGACUGGAGAUCCUACUGGCACCGGUAAAGGAGGUGAAAGUGUUUACGGGAUCGUAUUAGGCGAGAAAGCACGGUAUUACGAGGCAGAACAGAUGCCGAAGAUAAAGCAUGACAGGAGUGGACUACUAUCUAUGGUGAAUUGUGGUAACAAUAUGCUGGGCUCUCAGUUCUUUGUAACGCUGGCUUCGGAGCUUCAGUCUCUGGACGGGGAACACUGUGUAUUUGGCGAAAUCACAGAGGGUUUGGAAAUUAUCUUCAAGCUCAACGAAACGAUCUGCGAUGGCGAUAACAGGCCCUAUCAAGAUAUACGUAUUUCCCACACUAUCAUUUUGGAAGAUCCCUUCGAGGAUCCCAAGGGUUUUAUUGUUCCUAGUCAAAGCCCACCGCCUACAAAGGAAUGUUUAAUGAGUGACAGAAUCGGCGCGGACGAAGUAAUAGAUGACACAGCCGGCAUGACAGUCGAAGAGAUCACAGAGAUGCAAAAGGAAAAAGAAGCGAAGGCUAGAGCCACGAUUUUGGAGAUCGUGGGCGACAUUCCAGACGCAGAAAUGGCACCACCUGAAAAUGUUCUAUUCGUUUGCAAACUGAAUCCUGUUACAAACGACGACGAUCUUGAAAUCAUUUUCAGUCGAUUCGGAAAAGUCGUCGGCUGUGAGGUGAUCAGAGACCGGCAAUCCGGGGAUUCUUUGCAGUACGCGUUUAUAGAAUUUGCGGAACGCAAGAGCUGCGAGGAGGCUUACUUCAAAAUGGACAACGUGCUGAUCGACGAUCGCCGUAUACACGUUGACUUCUCGCAAUCGGUAGCCAAGAUGAGAUGGAGAGGCAAGGGUAAAGGGAUACAGUACUUCGACGAGAAAAACGAAGAAGUAGAUAAUAAGAAUCGGAGAAAGGCUGGCUCGAGGAACCAGAGGGACGAGGGUAGCGAGGACGUUAAAUACAGAAGGGAAACAGACAGGAGAAACAAAGAGGAAGUGCUGGACCAUAGAAAGCACGAACGGAGGAAAGAGGAUUCCGAAUAUUCGCGAAAUGGAGGGAAGUACUUGCAUAAAGAGAAGCACAAGGAGGGAAAGUACCGCGAUGGCUCGUUCGAAAGGUACGAAUCCGAGUCAAGACGGAAGAACGAGAGAAAGCAUCGAAGCGGAGAGAGACACAGGGACAAGGGUCGGAGUAAAAAGGAAAGCUACAAGGAUCAUAAAUCCGGCAAAAAGUACGACAGCGAGAGGAAAAGAAGAGAUAAAGACACUUCCUGCAGCGAGAGCGACGACUCUGCGCACGGGAAAUCCGAGGAGAGACGCUCGAAUAAAAAGAGAAGGGAUCGAGACCGAUCGACGGAUAGAUACGGAAAAUCGGAGAAACAUAAGAAAAGGAGGUAAUGUAAAUAGGUCCGCCAAUCAUAACGCUGGACUGCCGUGCACCGGAAGUACAGAACACCACACGAAUAUAUUUUGUGAAACAAUGAGUCGAGCGAUCGACGAGUCAUUUUUAAAAAUAUAUGCUUGCGUUUUCAAGCGAAUAAAAUUAUUACGUAAUUUACAA